AUGGCUGACAAAAGUUUCAGCAAAGUUCUCAUGCUGGGCGCUGGCUUCGUUACCCGCCCCACUCUUGACCUCCUCAGUGAUUCUGGCAUUGAAGUCUCUGUUGCUUGCAGAACUCUCGAGAGUGCCAAGAAGCUUUCAGAAGGUGUGAAGCUCGCACGACCAAUUGCCCUCGAUGUCACCGAUGAGAAGGCUCUCGACGCUGAGGUUGCCAAGCACGAUCUGGUCAUUAGUCUGAUCCCAUACACCCUCCACGCUACUGUCAUCAAGUCUGCGAUCAGACAGAAGAAGCAUGUUGUCACCACCAGCUAUGUCUCACCAGCCAUGAUGGAGCUUGAUCAACAAUGCAAGGACGCAGGAAUUACAGUCAUGAAUGAGAUUGGCCUUGACCCCGGAAUUGAUCACUUGUACGCAAUCAAGACCAUUGAAGACGUCCACAAAGCAGGAGGAAAGAUCACAUCAUUCUUGUCAUACUGUGGAGGUCUACCAGCACCAGAGAACUCUGGAAACCCAUUGGGAUACAAGUUCUCAUGGUCAUCCCGUGGUGUUUUGCUUGCGUUGAGAAACGCUGCAAGCUUUUAUCAAGAUGGCAAGAUUGUCAAUGUGGCAGGCCCAGAUUUGAUGGCCACUGCUAAGCCAUACCACAUCUACCCAGGAUUUGCUUUCGUUGCAUACCCUAACAGAGACUCCACCCCAUACAAGGAGCGCUACAACAUCCCAGAGGCGCAAACUAUCAUCAGAGGUACUCUAAGAUACGCAGGCUUCCCAGAAUUCGUCAAGGUUCUUGUCGAUAUGGGAUUCCUUAGUGACGAGGAGCAAAGCUGCUUGAAGGAACCGAUCCCCUGGAAGGAGGCCACGCAGAAGAUCCUCGGUGCUUCGUCAUCGAGCGAGAAGGACCUCACCUGGGCUAUCUCCUCCAAGGCCACCUUCAAGGACAACGAGCAAAAGGAGCGGCUCUUGGCCGGCCUCAAAUGGCUUGGAAUUUUCUCUGACGAGAAAAUCACCCCGAGAGGAAACCCACUUGAUACCCUUUGCGCCACCCUCGAGAAGAAGAUGCAAUUCGGCGAGGGUGAACGCGAUCUCGUGAUGCUGCAACACAAGUUUGAGGUUGAACUGAAGGACGGAACCAAGCAGACCAGACUUUCAACUCUCUGCGAGUAUGGUAACCCGGCUGGAUACUCGGCCAUGGCUAAGCUUGUUGGCGUCCCAUGCGGUGUUGCCGUCAAGCAAGUUCUGGAUGGAACCAUCUCUGAGAAGGGUGUUCUCGCACCGAUGAACAGCAAGAUCAACGAUCCCCUGAUGAAGGAGCUCAAGAAAUACGGCAUUUACUGCGUCGAGGAGAUCAUCGCAUAG